UUCCUUGGAAGGUCAAUCGACGAGUUUGGCUAGUAGAUUAAGCACGAGGCAGAAAGGCUGGAGGCUCGUCGUCGGCGCAGGAUCGCCCUUCUUUCGCAGCAGCACUCUUCGAGCAGCAGCGACCACAGAGCGCAAUGGGUGAAAACUCGAACAACAACACGCAGAGCAUUGCCGACUACCUCGCGCAGCUGCUGAAGGACAAGAAGCAACUGGCAGCUUUUCCCAACGUUUUCAUCCACUUGGAGAGACUGCUGGACGAAGAAAUCAGCAAGGUCCGGUCAUCCCUGUUUCAAAUCAAUGGCAUGAAAAAAGAGCCCCUGGUACUUCCUGAUGGGAUAGGACCGCCUGUUAGUCGGUCUGAAAAAGUCUAUGUACCUGUCAAGGAGCAUCCAGAUUACAAUUUUGUUGGGAGAAUCUUGGGUCCCCGUGGUAUGACAGCAAAGCAGCUUGAACAAGAGACUGGCUGCAAGAUUAUGGUUCGGGGCAAAGGCUCCAUGCGGGACAAGAAAAAGGAGGACAUGAACAGAGGCAAGCCGAACUGGGAGCACCUCAAUGACGAUCUUCACGUGCUCAUCACUUGCGAGGACUCAAGCAACAGGGCAGAGGUCAAACUGCAGAAGGCAGUGGACGAAGUUCGCAAGCUACUUGUGCCAGUUACCGAAGGUGAAGACGAAUUGAAGAAGAGGCAGCUCAUGGAACUUGCCAUCAUAAAUGGCACCUACAGGGAUAGCAGCACCAAAGGAGCGGGUUUCACUUUUGAGAACAGCCCGUUUGCUAAAGCCUCAUUCACUCUUGCAGCGCCCACAGCCAUGGGACUGGCCUUGUCAGCUGCCGACGCACAACGGUUGAUGGCAGCUGCCCCUCCACCACCUGUGGCACUGGCUUCUCCUCUGCGCGCCCCAUCCACACCACUCGGAGCGCCCCUGAUUUUAUCCCCGCGUGGUCUGCCCGUGGGCCCCCCUAGUGCCCUGCUGAAUGGCUCGGGCCCACCACCACCCCUCAUAGCCCCAACAGAAGCGGGCCUGCUUUAUGCGGCGUAUCCCGACUAUCACCAAUAUGCUGCGCUCACGUCCCCUCUGCUCACCGAGUAUGCUCCCGACCACUCCCCAGCCGGUGCCGCAGCAAAACAACGCCGUCAUUUGGCGAUUCGCGAACACCCCUACCAGCGGAUUGGGUCCCUAUAAUGAGGGCCUAACCCCAAGACUCCAUCCACCACAAUCUUCCGUCCGCCAAACGAAGACCACUAACCCCCCACCCACUGACACCCCUUGGAAAAGCUCGGCUGUGCUCGGACUAACGGCGGCUGCGGUGGUAAACCGACGUCCGACUACCUUCUGUUGAUGACGCUUCUUGGCACGUUGUCUGUAUUUUGCCCCUUCUGCCAGUUUGUUGGCUUUAUUCUUACCAUAAUCUGACAAGUGUUGUAACCAGCGUUAUAGGUGCAAUUGUGCUGCCCGUGGCCAACACCCAUGUGGACAGACAUUACUUGUGAUUACUCCUUGGCACGUAAUUAUGAAUACACACAAAGUGCACUGGCAGCCUCACGUGUGUAAUGGAACAGCUUUAAUCUUGCUAGCCUGGCAAGGUUUGGUCACUAAUAGCGUGCACAACCGACGGGUGCUUUUAAAGGAUUGCCAUGAGCAUGGCUCAAGCAUUGCUGUUGCAGUAGCACCAGUUUCUGUUAUUGGCUGAAGCAGCCAUUUUUUUGCAAGUAUGAAGUCUAAUGCACAUUGUGUAUUGCGACCUUCGUUUUGUACAAGGCACGCUGGAGCUACUGGCACAAAUUUAUAUUAACGACAAGGUGUUUGAUGCUAUAAAUGCCAGCGCAAUGACAUUUCUUUCAGGACUUGUGCUCCAAAACGAGGUACAUUGAGUUCUAUAAAUUGUUAGGGUGGGGAUUGGGUAGUGGUCAAACUUUUGAACUGUGAAGUCCUGGCUUCAAACCAUCCACUUGAGCAGCUUUCAUUUCUUAAGCAUGCCUGAAUAGACGGCUACUAUACUGUCACGUCUUUUGGUUUGGGUAGCUGGUCUACACACCACAAUACUCUGCUCUUUUUCCUGUUAUGAGUGAUGGACCAUGUUACUUCUGGGUGACACAUUGGCUGUCUCAAGAAAAUUUUCACACAAGUUCAAAUCUUCCACACACACACACACACAGUGCCUUAAGGUUUUUUUGACAGUUGUAGUCUGCUCAUCAGUGUUGCACAUGAAGUUUGGAGAGUACAUCUAUUCAUCCCUAGAAGAGUACUGGAGGAAAAAGUGCGUUUUUGUGUGGGUGCUGUCUUGCUUCAUCAGUGGGCGGAAGCAAAAGAAGUUUGUUCAGAAUGUGUUUUCAGCCUAGGGAUUUCUGUAGUUAUGUUCUGUUUUUGGCUGCUUAUUGCUUAAGACUUGAGCAAGGCAGAAAGGUAGGUGUGCCAUCGUUGACCCGACAUGUGAGAAGCAUUCAAACUCUUGUGCAAUAGCUCAUUAACAUCCACAAUUCCUGAAGAAUCUCAGUGCCUUAAUGGUUGACUUCCACAGAUUUUUUAUCAUGUUCGGCACUCCACUGUUUAGCACACCUGCCUUAAGGUUGGUCACAAGUUAUUGUGUAGUUGUUCCAUUUUGCAGGUAUCUGCUGGAAAGCUAGGGAUAAGAUUGCAAUGAAGUUGUUUUUUUUUUUUUCAUUUUCAAUGUGUGUGAACUUUGUUGCGUAAUCAUUUCUCUUAGUAUCAGUGUUUUGUUAGGGGCACAGUCUACUCAUGUUUUUCAUUCUGAGCCAGGAAGGCCCCACCCCCAAAUAUGCUCCCCUUGGUGUGCACUGGUCCAAGCUGGUACCUAUGCAUUCUUCACCAUUCUACUUAAGUUAUUUCUGUACAUAAUGUGCUGAUUUUAAUUUUCACCUUUUGUUGUUUUUGUUGUUGUUCAACACCUCUCCUCCUGUGCACUUCUCUGGCAGCUGUUCUCAUAUCUGAGGUGGUGACAGAGUGCCAAGAGGCGAGUUUAUCUGAACAGCUGUGACUCUGAGGUUGUGACCAGGAUGUGAAGUGCUGCUGUCAGCUUCCUUAAAGCACAGCUUGAUGGCACGGCAGCUGAGCUUUUGUUCCACUCGUGUCCCUUGCAGCUAUGACUUUCUGCAGAGUUUCUUUUUGGCAGCAGUUGACGGAGUGAAGUUGUGCAGCUAGCGUGCCUAUUUUCAUUUGUGCUGCUCUCGAGAAAAAAAAAAGUUCUACCUCUUAAGUCAGCUUUGGGAAUACCUUUACAUGUUCCCUUCUGCUCCUUGUGCUAUAAAAGCAGUGGAAUAGCCUCUGGAACUGCUUUGAACAUGCUGGCAUUCUUGCCAGAGCUGCACGUAAUAGGGGGCGUAACCUGUAUCAUCUGCAACUGUAGAGAGGGCAAAGUGCCUGUCGCACAGCAUUCGUCAGUGGCACAGAUCUCUGCAUUUUGCAGUGCAAGUUCAAAAAAACAGCUUCGCUAAGUGGCACUGCUCCUUUCAUUAAGGCCAUUUAUGCAAAUGUACAUUUAUGUCCUCGUUAUUACCCAGCAGAACUACUUAAUUGUACAUCUUUGUUUCAUUUCUUGGUGGCACGGGCAUUGUCCAAGUAUGUUUGAAAUUGUAGUUUUUUUUUUUUUCUUCGCGCACUUCUUGCCUGUUCAAACAUUAUUCUCCUAAACUUGUGCUGUGCAAUGACUUUUUUUUUAAGUGCUGCCGUGAGAUAAGAAUCUCAUUUUAAAACAGGUCUGGACAACUUAUUUUCCAUUCUUGACAUGUGACAAAGAGGUUAAAAUGUGCCAAGUUUCAUAAGUGGACCACCUUACAGUGCAUUCAGUUUGCACAUGCAAAAUCUCUGCAAGUGCCAAAAUAGCCUCACCAUUCUAUCACAUGCCUAAGUUUGGUGGUACCACCGUAGACCUCUUCCCCCCCCCCCCCCAUUCUUUCUUUUUUUCCCCACAUUCUUUCGUAUUCUUUAAACAGGCACUGGUGGUGCCUUUUGGCUAAAUACUGAGCAUUUAUUCAUUUGACAUUAUUUUGCCAAUACUGUGUACUUAAUACAAACACAAGGCUGUGAGUGAGAGUGCCUGCAGUCCAGGCCCAGUUGCAUUGUCCUCGCACUUGGGUUUUCAUUCUGCACCCGUUAUUUUUAUUUUCCUCCGCUUUCUUGCGGCACUGAGCACAACAGCUUCAAGAACAAGCAUCCAUACCUAUCUGAAGGUUUUGUAUGUUUUCAUAAUUGUGUACUUAAUUUCAUUGUCUCAUAGCAAUAAAACAAGAAUUCUCAUUUUUUUUCCCCUC